CUGCAUAUUUCCCUAAAGAAAACAAAAAAGAAGAGCAAUAAAGAAUGGAAAGAGAGAUAUAGAAAUGCAACAUUACAGUGCAUUGUAAUAGGAAAAUAUGGAGAAUAUUCAACAAACACAAUUAGAGAUGCAACAAAAAGAGACAGAACCUGAUUUUUUGUCACAAAUCAAUGAAUCAUCAAAUAAUCAAGAUCAGAAUACUUUAAUUAGAACUCAAGGUAUAAAGAAGUGCCAGUGUAAGAUAUGUAAAAAUUUCUACUUUUCUGAAUAUUCUUUAAAGAUUCAUUUGAAACGUAUGCAUACAGAAAACUUAGUUCAUACAUGUAGGACUUGUGGAAAAAACUUUAACCAAAGAUACAACUUAUUUAUUCAUAUGAAGUACCACUACAGUCAAAUACCUAGACCAUUUGCAUGCAAAGAAUGUGAUAAGAAUUUCACAUCUAAACAUCGUUUAUUCGUUCAUCAACAGACUCAUUCUAUUGAUAAGUUUACUUGUAGUAUUUGUGGAAAACAAUUUUUAACCACUGAGAGCAGAAGUGCUCAUUACCGUCGUCAUGUGAAAGAAAAAAGACAUGCAUGUGAAGUAUGUGGUCACAAAUUUCUUUCUCCCUCCGAAUUGGAUGCCCAUUCUAUAAAACACGAGAAACAGGUUUUUGAAUGUUCUUUGUGCAACAAAAAAUAUUCAACACACAAACUGCUUGAAAGACACGAGAAGAUUCAUACUGGAAACUAUGAUAGACCUGUUACAUGUCACCUUUGUCACAAGUUUUUCUUCAGAUUAUCUGUUUUAAAAAGACAUAUAAAAGAAGUGCAUAGCAAUACUACCUACAGUUGUGAUAUUUGUGGAAGUAAGACAAAAUCAGAAAAAAAUCUGAAAUUGCAUCACAAGAGGAUUCAUUCAGGAGAAAAGAAGUUUGAUUGUACUAUAUGUGGAAAAAAGUUUAAUUUAAAAAACUGCUUAGAUGACCAUUUUAAAAGAUGUCACACUGACCCAGCAAAUGUAAAAUAUCCAUAUACUUGUCAGAUUUGUAAAAAAGGAUUUUUUGUAAAAGCGAUAUAUGAAGGUCACUUAAAUACCCAUUUUGGUAAAAGACCAUUUUCAUGUCAGUAUUGUCCGAAGUCUUACUGUAAUAUUUAUUAUCUAAAUGUCCAUACCAAAAGAAAUCAUUCUGGAAGAGAAGGCAGUAAACCAAAGCCAUUCGAGUGUGAAUUUUGUGGUAAAAUGUUUGUUAAUAAAAGUCAAAGAAAAGAACACAUCAGAAAACAUACAGGAUAUUAUUGUCCAUUCAUAUGUUCAAUUUGUGGAAAAUCUUUAAAAUCAAAAUUGAGUUAUAAGACACAUCAAAACACACAUUUACGACCAUUUCACUGUGGAAUUUGUCAGGCUAGAUAUAGUUCUAAUAAAGCACUUGUCAAACAUAUGAAAUCACACGAGUUACCAUUACCAUGUGUAAAAGCUGAAGAGGAAAAUACAUGUCAGAGUGCAAGAUCAUUAGGUUCUGAAGAACACAGUCAUUCAUUGAAUCAAUUACAGAAUGUGCCUACAGUACAACCAAAUAUUCCUGUCAACACAAAAAUAGAUGGACAAAAAUUAACAGAAUCUUCUAUUUCUAAUGUAAAGUCAGGUCUUACAAGUUUAACAUUGCCAGAUCCUACAGUAAAGACUGAAGUUGAACAACCUUCAAGAAACAUUCCUAUCGACAUACAUCAUGAGGGAGCCAGCAAUCUUUAUUCCACUACCAGUAAUGUUCUUAUGUUAAACAAGAUAGGAUCUUUCAAAGUCAGUGCAGAAAGUCUUAAAGAGAUAUUAAGUGGAAAACAAGUUUUAUCUCUUGUCAAAAGUGAAGACACUAUAAAGAAAGAAAAUCAGUAGAAUACAAGCAUUGUAAAUGAUUGCUGUGCAAAAAGAGAUUGACUGUUUUAUGUGUAUUGUGUCAUGCAUUUUAAUUUUUAAGAGAAAAAAAAUUUGAUCUUUAUUUUUAUUCAAAUAUACAUGUCUGACUUACCUUUUCUAAAUCUGAAGACAACCAUGAAAACAAUCAUUUAUCAAUGAAUAUAAGGAAAAAAGAAUACCUUCUAUUAAUUGUUUUAAAAAAACCCAUCCAACUUAUAUAUUAUCACUUUUUAAAACAGUAUGACUAUUGAGAAGAGUAAAGGUGUUGCUUAACUUAUGAUGAGGUGUAAAUUAUUACCAGUGAAUAUAUAUGUACAUUUGUAGAUUUGUAAAUUUAAGCCUUUUUAAUUUAAAAAAAAAUGACAUAAUAUUUAUUUUUCAUAACAUCAAAUUCAUUGUAAUUGAAUGGAUUAGUUUAGGAGCAUUAAAACAAUGUAACAAAUGUUGAUGUGUAAAAACUGAAGCUUAAUAAAUAUUGCCAGCUU